AUGAUAUAUUUGUUACGGACUUUAUCAGGAAUAUUGGUCACCAUCCUGUUCUUGGGAGGUGCUUUGUCUCAGGAGGUACUAACAGAUCUAGACUUCCUGUGUUCUCUGUCAUCGCCGUGUGAACAUGGUGCCACUUGUUCUGUGAAAGAUAGCCAGAUUUACUGUAUAUGUCCUGACGGAUUCACGGGAUCAGUUUGUGAAAACUUCGUAGGUCUACAACAGUCGGGUAAUGUCUCUCCAACACCUAUAUCAGAUAUUUUCGGAACGAGCACUAGCAACACAGAACCAGGGAAUUCGGGAAGACUUGUGAAUGGUCCUGUUGUUGAAGGGUCCGCUGCUCCCGACAUGGGUCUUGGCGGUGCAAUGUUUCGACUAGGAUCAUCAGAGAGGAAUCUUAAUCCAGAUCUUCACUCGAGUCUCGGUAGCGUUGGUGACUUCAGGUUGAAUAGCAUGCCCGUCACAGGAAACAUCGCUGGAGGACUAUCUAAUCAACAGCCACAGCACAUGAAUAGGCCGAUGAGUGGAAACCAUGUCAUUCAACAGAAUCUUAAAGAUAGGGUUAUAUUACAUAACUUUGUGGAGGGAGGUAUUCAGGAAAUGUUAAUGGGUUCCCCCAAUCAGCCUUCACAAGCCGUUAAUCAGGCACAUCAGAUCAAAGAACUCAUCAAUUCACCAAAGAAAAUAAAGGACGCUUUUCCAGAUCAGAAGCUUGUAGAUGGAAAUGCCGUGGCAGUAGGAUCGACCGGUACUGCAGUGGGCGCUACUUUUCAGGAUCCCACGCAACAGGCAAAUGACUUACCUUCGUCCUUCACACCAAAGCAACAAAAACCAAUGCAUGAUGCUAACAUGAUUGAUUUUUCAAACCAUGCUUGUAAAGGUCAACACAGAGAACAUCUCCUGAACAGCAAGAUGUACUGGGUGGUAGAGAAAGGAAAGAUUAUCGCAAAAAUGGCUUGCCCCCUUGGCACCCUAUUCAGCAAUGUGACAUGCGCUUGUACCUUCGUGCCCUCGAAACCGAAAGAUGCUGGUUGUAAACCUGAUCUAAUUAAUACUUUUGACUAUGGUAUGGAUGAUUCGUCCGGCAACUUUUUGGCACACUUUGCAAGUAAAGACCUAAAACCGACACUGAGUAGUGGGGUGUUAUGUUUCAAUGGAUCACAGAAAAUGGGAUAUCCUCGGUAUAAUGGAUAUGACUUCAGAUAUAGUCUUUAUAUUGUGUUGAGGUUUGUGACUUAUGUAAAAGAAAGGGACCAGUUAUUCCCAUUGUUAACCAAUUGUGAGACAAACAUGUUGACAGGAGAGUUCAGAGACCCAUCCAUCGGUAUUGUGCUGAACAGGACGAAUCACUUAGUUAUCUUCAUUGAAACAGACACUAAGAUGAGUCUAACAGCCUUCGAGAUAAAUGUAAGUAUAACAUAG